GCAACAAUAGCUACAACAAAUCUACUAUGUAGCUACCUACAAUUUGACCUUUGCUGUAGUCAUGACAGGCUAGAUUUAUUAUGGACUGCAUAAUCUCUCAUUUCCUCGAUUGGUUUGUAUGUAUAUUGAAUUAAGAUUAAGAAAAAUUACUAUAUUUUUUAUUAUUUCUUUUCACAACAAUGGCAGACAAGGAAGUUUAUGGUGGGGCAGAUCAUAUGGACUUUUUUAAGGUUGGCGAUAGUGGGGCAAGUUAUGUCACAAAAGAAAUAAUGCAAGAUGGUGGUGAAUAUGUAGAAGAAAUUGAUGCAGCAAGUGUAGAUGGCAUUGAAAAUGAAGAGGAGCCAUUUUUUGAUGUUGAGGAUCUUCAUAGUGAUGUAGAUGAUCAGAUCGUUGAAGCCUUCUUAAGAAAAAGGGAAAAUCGCAAAAAGAAUCUAGAAAAGAAGAAGGAGAAAAUAAGAAAGGGAAAAGCAGUAGCAACAUCAAGCAACAUGGAAAAUCAUAAUGAGAAGCAAGAUAGAAGAGAAAUUCACUCGGGUUUUGAUGAUGAUGAUCUAAGUGCUGAAUCUGAUGACAAUGAAGAUGAACUUUAUAUUCCCAGUGAUGAUCCAGGAGAUUAUUUUGACCAGUCAAAUGAUGAGUCCAAUGAUGAAAAUGAACCAUUCUACAUUUUGACCAGUCAAGUGCUGAAUCGGUCCCAGUGAUGUUAUAGUGAUUUAUUCACAUAAUUCUUUUCAAUAACUUCCAACAGAAAAGUUCUUACAUUUAUCUUCUAGGAGUUUUGCAAAUUCGCUUCUAGCUCUGGAAUUGGUUUCCAUUUUAUACAAGGAAAAAAAAAGACUUUCAACCUUC